AUGCCUGAAGCUAUUAUCCCUCCCCAGAAGCGGGUGCUAGGCGACGCGGCGAAUACUUCCAACAGUAUCUUGAAAUCUCCCAGCGGUCUCAAAAAGCGGAAACUCGACAAUGAACCAACUGUGCAGUUUACGCCAUCCUCGCAGAUCUCUCGGCGAAAGAUUGGCUCGAGUCAACCGCAGAAAAGUCAAUUCGAGGAGGAGGACAACAUCUGUUUCCAACAGAUUGACGCGGAAGAAGCAACCCUGAUGGGAAAGCCUGCCAUUCGGCUUUUCGGUGUCACCGAGGCUGGACAAUCGGUAUGCCUUCAUGUCACUGGCUUUGAACAUUACCUCUACAUCGCCGCUCCUGUCAGCUUCACCAAAGCGGAUUGCGACACCUACAAACAUUUCCUGGAGCAAAAGCUAAGCCAGAACAUCACUGCAAUCUCGUCCGUGCAGCUCACAAUGCGCGAGAACAUAUACGGAUUCCAGGGAAACCAAAAGAGUUAUUAUAUUAAGAUUACGGUUACUGAGCCAAAAAUGGCCGCUCGAUUGCGAAGUCUAUUAGAGACUGGUAGUGGAAGCAUGAACUACAAGGGUAUGUGGAGCGGCGCAGAUGGGAUCCUCACAUUUGACAAUAUUCAAUACCUUUUGCGCUUCAUGAUUGACACUGGGCUGGCUGGAAUGGCUUGGGUCGAGGCGAUGGCUGGGAAAUAUCGUCUUCUUGGACAGAGUCAACGAUUGUCCAACUGCCAGAUCGAAGCUUCCGUCGACUAUCGUGACAUGAUAGCUCAUCCACCAAAUGGUGAAUGGGCUAAAAUGGCACCUCUUCGCGUCCUCUCCUUUGAUAUCGAGUGUGCUGGACGGAAGGGUAUCUUCCCGGAGCCUAACGUGGACCCUGUCAUCCAAAUCGCCAACGUUGUUACCCGAUAUGGAGAGACGAAACCAUUCAUCAGAAACGUAUUUGUCCUUGAUACCUGCAGUCUGAUCGUCAACACCCAAAUUUUGGAAUUUGAAAAGGAAGAGAAGAUGCUCGACGCCUGGCGCGAUUUCGUGGAAAAGGUGGAUCCUGACGUUAUUAUCGGAUACAACAUUGCCAACUUCGAUUUCCCAUACUUACUUGACCGCGCCAAGCACUUGAAAUGCACUGGGUUCCCUUAUUGGACCAGAUUGAAGGGGUUCAAGACAGAGGCCAAGGAUGCAAAUUUCUCGAGCAAGCAAAUGGGCAAUCGAGACACGAAAGCGACGAAUACCAACGGCAGAAUUCAACUUGAUCUUCUCCAAUUGGUUCAGAGAGAUCACCAGUUGAGAAGUUACACCCUUAAUUCCGUAUCCUACGAGUUUUUGAAGGAGCAAAAGGAAGACGUUCACCACACGAUGAUUACUGAGCUGUUCAACGGUACCCCGGAUUCUAGACGACGACUCGCAGUGUACUGUCUGAAAGAUGCAUAUCUGCCACAACGAUUAAUGGACAAAUUGAUGUGUCUGGUCAACUACACAGAGAUGGCAAGGGUCACGGGUGUACCGUUCAAUUUCCUCUUGUCUCGAGGCCAACAGGUCAAGUUUAUCAGUCAACUGUUCCGGAAAGCCCGAGAGCAGCAACUCGUUAUUCCCAAUUCCAAGCCUCAAGACGAGCAGGAUUACGAAGGUGCCACUGUCAUCGAGCCGAAGCGAGGAUACUAUGGCGUGCCCGUUGCAACCCUCGAUUUUGCGUCACUGUACCCCUCAAUCAUUCAAGCACACAACCUCUGCUACACGACCUUGCUCAACAAGAGCAGUGUUGAGAAAUUGAACCUGAAGAAGGAUGAGGAUUACAUCGUCACUCCAAAUGGAGACAUGUUUUGCACAACGAAAGUUCGCAAAGGCCUUUUGUCCCAGAUUCUCGAGGAGCUGUUGUCGGCAAGAAAGCGUGCGAAGAAGGAGUUGGCUACCGAGACCGAUUCUUUCAAAAAGGCAGUGCUGAACGGUCGUCAACUCGCUUUGAAGGUCAGCGCAAACAGUGUCUACGGUCUGACAGGUGCCACAAUGAUUGAGAAGACAAAGCAAGAGGUAGAAGCACGCUACACAAUCGCCAACGGUUACUCUCAUGAUGCUGAAGUCAUCUAUGGUGACACCGAUUCCGUCAUGGUCAAAUUCGGCGUCACUGAACUGGCAGAUGCAAUGAAGCUUGGCCAAGAAGCAGCAGACUAUGUUUCUGCGAAGUUCAUCAAGCCCAUCAAGCUUGAAUUCGAGAAAGGUAUUGAGACAGUCCGACGUGAUAACUGCCUCAUGGUUCAAAAUGUCAUUGAGACCGUGCUGAACAAAAUCCUGAUCGACCGGGAUAUUGAUGGCGCACAAGACUACGUCAAAGCCACCAUUUCAGAUCUUCUCCAAAAUAAGAUCGAUAUGUCAAAACUCGUCAUCACAAAAGCGCUGUCGAAACGCAAAGAGGACUAUGCAGGCAAACAGGCACACGUCGAACUUGCUGAGCGCAUGCACAAGCGUGACGCUGGUUCUGCGCCAACACUUGGCGAUCGUGUGGCCUACGUCAUGAUCAAGGGUUCCACUGAUUCCAAGGGCUAUGAACGAGCAGAAGAUCCCAUCUUCGUGCUGGAAAACAACAUUCCCAUCGACACUAAGUACUACCUUGAUAACCAGCUUACAAACCCACUCAAUCGUAUCUUCGAACCCAUCUUGGGCGAGAAGAAAGCGGGCCAGUUGCUCACUGGCGAGCACACACGGUCUAUCACCAAAGCGGCGUCGAACUUGGGUGGACUGAUGAAGUUUGCCAAGAAAACCCAGACCUGCAUGGGGUGCAAGAAACCACUUUCUAGCAAGGACGAGAUGGAGGGUGCCGUCUGCUCGAACUGCCGUCCCCGCCUCGGUGAACUUUACACAAAAACCCUCACCAAGGUCUCCGAUCUAGAGGUCCGAUUCGGGCGCCUGUGGACUCAGUGCCAGCGAUGCCAGGGUAGUCUUCACUGUGAGGUCAUCUGCUCAUCCCGCGACUGUCCGAUUUUCUACAUGCGCAUGAAAGCAAAGAAAGAUGUGGAAGAUUCACAGAAAGAUCUGUCCCGAUUCGACUUUGACGCUGGUGCUUGGUAA